UCAUCGGGCCGCGCCGAGGGAGCGGUUGCCGGGAGGAGGAGCGGGGUGGAGUCGUUAGGGCCGGGAUCAUGCUUUACCGCCAGACGCUUCCUGAACUGAAGAGGCCGCUGGGUCUGGGAUGAGAGAAGACGGGCAGAUGCAAACGCGGGAGAGCGCUGGACCCGGGCAGUCGGUCAGCACCCAGACUGGCAGCAUGACGGGUCAGAUACCGAGGCUUUCUAAAGUCAACCUCUUCACUCUGCUCAGCCUCUGGAUGGAGCUCUUCCCGGCCCCCCAAGCACACAAACAGAAAUCGCAGGAAAAGGAAGCAGAAAAUCAUGGACCUUUAGAAGAUAAUGAAGAGACAGUCAAGGUAUCUUCUGAUCAAAAACAGGUGAAGAAAACUGGUCUUGUGGUAGUGAAAAACAUGAAAAUUGUUGGUCUCCACUGUUCUAGUGAAGAAUUACAUGCCGGGAAAAUUGCUCUUAUUAAACAUGGGUCACGGCUGAAAAACUGUGAUCUUUAUUUUUCCAGAAAACCAUGUUCUGCGUGUUUGAAAAUGGUUGUAAAUGCUGGUGUUAACCGAAUUUCAUACUGGCCUGCUGAUCCAGAAAUAAGUCUGCUUACUGAGGCUUCCAGUUCUGAAGAUGCAAAGCUAGAUGCUAAAGCAGUGGAAAGGCUGAAGUCAAACAGCCGGGCCCACGUGUGUGUCUUGCUCCAGCCUUUGGUGUGCUACAUGGUGCAGUUUGUAGAGGAGACCUCUUACAAAUGUGACUUUAUUCAAAAAAUUGCAAAAACACUACCGGAUGCUAACGUUGACUUUUAUUCUGAAUGUAAACAAGAAAGAAUAAAAGAGUAUGAAAUGUUAUUUUUGGUUUCAAAUGAAGAAAUGCAUAAACAAAUACUGAUGACUAUAGGUUUGGAGAACCUGUGUGAAAAUCCAUACUUUAGCAAUCUGAGGCAAAGCAUGAAAGACCUUAUCCUACUUUUGGCCACAGUAGCUUCCAGUGUGCCCAACUAUAAACACUACGGAUUUUACUGUGUCAAUACUGAGCAGACUAAUGAAAUUCACAACCAAAGUUUGCCACAAGAAAUUGCAAGGCACUGCAUGGUUCAGGCCAGGUUAUUGGCGUACCGAACUGAGGAUCAUAAAACAGGAGUGGGGGCCGUCAUUUGGGCGGAAGGAAAAUCUCGGAGUUGUGAUGGGACAGGUUCCAUGUAUUUCAUCGGAUGCGGCUAUAAUGCGUUUCCUGUUGGGUCCGAGUAUGCUGACUUCCCACACAUGGAUGACAAACAGAAAGACAGAGAGAUAAGGAAAUUCAGAUACAUUAUCCAUGCAGAACAGAAUGCUUUGACAUUUAGGUGUCAAGAAAUUAAACCAGAAGAAAAAAGUAUGAUUUUUGUGACCAAGUGCCCAUGUGAUGAGUGUGUGCCUUUGAUCAAAGGUGCCGGCAUAAAACAGAUCUAUGCAGGGGACGUGGAUGUGGGGAAAAAGAAGGCAGACAUCUCAUACAUGAGAUUUGGGGACCUUGAGGGUGUCAGCAAAUUUACGUGGCAGAUGAAUCCAUCAGAAACAGACUCCCCUGAACAAAAUGAGCCUGAAAGCAAAGAGAAUGGUGUGUUAAGACCUAUACUUCUGGAUGAAGAACAGCACCAAUACAAGAAGCUGUGUCUCGGGAACCACUAAGAAGUCCUGUUUUAAUGGCAUCGAAUGCCUCAAGAAUUUUUAUUGCACUUUUAAGAUGCAGCCUUGUGAACUCAGAAGAAAGGAUGGAUGUUGUGAAUAGUUGACAAGAAAUUUAAGAAAGUUAAUUUAUUAUUAGCGUAUGAAUGAUGUUAAUGAAAGUAUUUUUAUUUUAGACUUAUUUAUGUCUUCCAGAAAAUAGUACCGUGUUCUUUUAUUGCACGAAAUGAGGUGUUAUUUAAUGAGAACCAUUUAAUUGUCCACUGGGAUUGAUUUCUGCUUGUCUUAGCUUUGUAUUAACCAUUUUGUUAAAAGUUCCCUGGAGGUCUCCUCUCAGCCAAUAAUUAUAUGCAUUUAAGAGAUUAGGAGAGUGACAGUGAAAUGCUGCAGGGAAUCAAAUGAUAAACUGGCCAUUUUUUAGAGCAAGCAUACAGUUCACCAAAAAUUCACAUUAUACCCAAAGCUUUCUAAUAAUCAGAAUUCAGCUAGUUAAUAUUAAACCAUAAAAAUGAUGUUGGGAGCAUGCUCUUCAUUUUAAAAAUCUCUUUGAGAUGGUUGUUAAUUUUUCUUAAAUAUUUUGAUGUGUAGAAAUGACUGACUGCCUACGGUGUUACAUCACUGAUUUGGAGUAUCCAUAGAAAGAGAAUAUUAUUCAGAGACAGUAUUAUUUGAUACCACAAACAAUGGGCCUCAAAUUUGGCUAUGAUAUUAAUAAAGAAGACAUGUUUGAAAUUAGCCUUUUAAAAAUUCCAUUCACAAAUACGUGGGCCAGACAUCCCAUCUGGUCCGAGCACUACCAAGAGUAAUUCCUGAGUGCAGAGCCAGGAGUAAGCCCUGAGCAUCUCUGAAUGUGGUCUAACAACCAAAACAAACAAAAAAAUGCUCCCCAUGUUCCUUUCAUAUAAUGAACACAGAGUCUUACGGUUUUGACUGGAAGGUUUUUUAAAAACGUUUGCAAAUCAUAGGACCACUAAUAUCUUGAAAGUAACUGUUACAGUAAAUUCAGUCACUCCUCAGGAGGUCACUCACUUUUUUCACACGUUGAGAUACUCUCAGAAAAUGGUUUUGGAGGUGCAGGUCUAUUUCUUCUCUCAGACUUUGGGAGGGAGUUGGAGGUCUGGGGUAGAACCCGCCCUGUCUCUUGCUCUUCACAGGAGAGUCACGUAUGUGUCUGAUGCUGGCCCCUUCCUUCCCAUUGCAUCAGAGUCUCCCCAGAAGCCUCACAGGGUGUCCCAGGACUGCACAUGGGACCAUCUAAACGUGGGCCACAGGCUCUGCUGCUGUGUCCCAUCCGCUGGACAAUUGGACAACUGCUGUGAACAUUUGGUACAAGAUACACAAGAUAGAUGAAAAGGAGGAGUAGAAGGAAGGACCUGAGAGAAAAGUUCAGGCUCAUUUGAAAGCCAUUUAAGCUCUAACAUUUAUUAGGAAAACACUGAGAUUCUCUCCCCUAAUUGAUUUUGCAUAUUAAUUACACGUGCAUCUGUUAUUUUUUUUUUUCUAAAUAUGCCUGUUACAUUAAAUAUUUUCUAAAUAAGUCA